UGAAACUAAGGGCUGAGUGGGCACUUCAGCUUUGACCACCUACGAUACCAGUCCUGCUCCAAAGAUUAUAAUUCCAUUUGUCAUCCUGGGACCUCUGCUUAUCCUGCAUCCCAGGAAUGGAGCCACUACAAGGAGUAAAAAUAGGCUGUCUGUUUUCCCUGCUGGUGCUCAACCUGGUCUGUGGCCUUAUUCCCAUCUGCUUCAAAUGGUUCCAGAUUCAUGCAGCCACAGGUCGUCACUGCCGGCUCCUCAGCCUCCUGGGCUGCACUUCUGCGGGUGUUUUUCUGGGUGCAGGGUUCAUGCACAUGACCGCUGAAGCCCUGGAGGGAAUUGAAUCAGAGCUCCAGAGGUUCACAAUACAGAACAGGACAGAAAAUGGAGGAAAUUCUUCUGAUGCUGCUGAUUCAACUCAGAAGGUGUAUCCCUACGGAGAGCUCGUCAUCUCCCUGGGCUUCUUCUUAGUCUUCUUUCUGGAGUCGCUGGCAUUGCAGUGCUGCCCUGGGACUACUGGACAAUCAGCAGUGCAGGAGGAGGAAUGGCAUGGGACUCAUGCCUUUGGACUCCACAGCCAUGGACCUCUACCCUCACGCUCACAGGGUCCCCUUCGAGCCGUCAUCCUCUUGCUCUCACUCUCCUUUCACUCCGUGUUUGAAGGUCUAGCUGUGGGGCUGCAGCCAACAGUGGCAGCUACCCUGCAGCUCUGUCUUGCUGUCCUGGCUCACAAGGGGCUCAUAGUGUUUGGUGUAGGACUGCGGCUGGUGCAGAUAGGCACUGAACCACGACUGACCGUGUUCUCCAUACUGGCAUUAGCUCUCAUGUCCCCCCUGGGCCUAGCUCUAGGGCUGGCUGUGACUGGAGGGGACCCUGAAGAAGGGUGGGGCUUAGCCCAGGCAAUGUUAGAGGGGGUGGCAGCUGGCACCUUCCUGUAUGUCACCUUCCUAGAAAUUCUGCCCCAGGAAUUAGCUGCUUCUGAGGCCCCUGUGGCCAAGUGGGGCUGUGUAGCCGCUGGUUUCGCCUUCAUGGCAUUUAUUGCUUUGUGGGCAUGAGAGAGAUUCUUAACUUUUCUGAUGGACCUAUCUAGGAUGACCUGCCUACUUCCAGGAGAACCCCCGCAAAUGGCUUUGGCCCUCACCUGUUUCUUCAGUGAGACUAAGUGGCAUUCACUAGGCAUCGUCCCCAUGGACUAGACCCCAGCUUUUCCCUACAUGAGAUCCCAUUUCUCACCGAGGAUUGAGAAAAGGAUAUUUAGGUUGAGUGCCUAUAAAUUGGAGAAUUGGUAUAAAGACCGUCACUCCAGAUUUGACUCUUGUCGCGUUUAUGCCGCUGUGGUAAUAAAAGGUCCUUCCCCUUCAACCAUGCUGCACUUCAUUUCUCCUGGUUGCCUAGAAGCUGCCUGGUCUAGAGUAGGGUGUGGGAAGGGCAAGUAUUGGGUAUGGUAUUUUCUUCUGAAAUCAGGACCCCUAGCCAUACUACCAUAGUUAAAGGCCAUGCUCCCCAGACAUUGGUGCAUUGCUGAAAUUCCAACAACCCCCCCCCACCUUACCCACAGGUGUUAAGAAACUAAGUCAGAGUUCCAGCACUUAGAGUGAAAGUAGGCUUUAAAAAUAGGAAGCAUGCAGAUUUUAAUUUCUUCCUACACUAACCAUGCCCACUGCAUUCUCAGUACCUAUUGUCAAACCCCAGCACAUGCCCAACAGA